AUGGAGGCGUCAUCCUCAUUGGGCGCUAAGCCUCUUUCGACCUGUCUAUCAUCUUGGACAGACGAGAUGUUGACAGGGGGUAUUUCCAUCGAGGACCGUCUCGUACUGCAAUUCUUUGACCGGCUACAGCUGUCAUUCCUCAAUGAAUUCGACAAAGAUGUCGCACAGCCAGCAAUCACUUUGAAGAAAAGACAGACGCAUUUCCAAAUUGUGGCCGGCAAUGAUGAUCCCGAAGAGAGAUUGCUGUCGACCGAGACUCGUGGAUCUGAACGACUGAUAACAUAUUCGUGGCCAGGAAAUUCCCCCUAUGAGGCUUGGAAGUUUACCUGCGUUCUUCGAGUUCUGUCUCUCAUCAUAGAGGCGAUCCAAGAGAACCUGUUGAUCACAAAGAGGAGCAUAUAUUACGACAACCCAGGGUUGUUCGGCACACAAGCAGUAGUGGAUGCAAUUCUUGACGACAUAGCCUAUACUGUUGGGGUUGACCGCACGACUCUCCAUGUCAUCUCAGUCGGCAAAGGCCUUGCCGUUGGCGCCGUUCGGAUCAAGACCAAAAGUGACACCGUGCUUGAUAUGACGGCUGAGGAUGCCCUUAUACCCCGUCUCAUUGAAAUCAGCAGCAUCGAUUUACCCGAGGUGAAAUGGGCCAUUUUUCGAAGACUUGUGCAUAACAAGUACCAUCUGGAAUCGGUUGCUGGUAAGGGCAUUUUAAUCACGGGGAAAGGCUACCCAGACAUCUGCACGCGCGAAUUCGUCCACCUGAUUUCAGAUAUCGCCUACAGAAGACACAGCCUCUCUCUUCAGAACCUUGAGAUCUUCUCGUCGCCCGCGCCACUGCGCUUCUUUGCCUUGGUGGAUGGAGAUUGUGAUGGGAUAGCUAUCAUGUCCACAUACAAGUACGGCUCCAAGGCUCAUGCUCAUGCAAGUGCGAGCCUCAAUGCUCCGAAACUUGAAUGGCUCGGAACACGACUUGAAGAUGUGAUUGUUGAACAGAACGGAAAUGAAAGUGAAGACGAGGAUUGGGUAUUGAUCUCAUUAUCUCACAGAGACGUGAAGAAAAUCCAGAGCAUGUUGGCCAAAAAUCCAGUUUUUGGCGAGGACGGCCCAGAAGUUCAGUGGCGAGCGGAGCUGCAAACAAUGAUGAUGCUGAACACGAAGAUUGAGACAGAGGUACUGUAUGGGACUGAAGGUGGUCUUGAAGGAUGGAUUGACCGUAAGAUGGAGCGCCUAAUGCAUUGA